CACGUGCAAAUUUCAGCCUCUUACCAGAAGAUUUGCUCAAAUCAUUUGAGUCAUCUUGUACACUACUAGUAGUACCAUCUCGAGUUGGGAUGUCUUUCAAAUUCAUAUGUUUUGUACCAGAUAAUUUCAUGAUUUCACGAAAAUAUAAGUCAAAUCACACGAUUUCAUUCGCUGAUCUAAGCAGUAACUAUGCUUGGAAAUUGAUGUUUUAAUAGAUUAGCAAAUUUUGCAAAAACUUUUGCAUCAAAGUAUUAAAACGCGAGUACAAUAUAUCUUACUCUGACAUGAAGUAUACGAGAUUUAGUACAAGCCGCUGGAAAUUGCAGGCUCUGUUUCCCUCUGAGCUAUAUACUAUACACUGGAUAGAGUAGAUAUUUUGUUAAGAAAUUAACUCAUUUCUAACAUAUUAUGGUAGAUAUUUAUGAAGCUGCUUUUAUUUUAAUGCCAAAAUAAUGUAGUUUAACGACGCUUAUUACUUAAAGCCCGAAGACGUUUUAAUAAAAAGGAAAAAAAAAUAACGUUUUCUGUCUUCAAAUGGUUGCGCUGUCCAGCAUCUAUACGAGAUCAGUGUAGCCUGUUCGCAGGUGAAGGUGAAUGAAAAAUUUUAAAAAAUUGAAGUAAAGGAAUGAAAUAAAGUUAAAAUGAGCGGAAAGUAUCGCGCAUUUUUCGACAUUUUAACAGGAUUUUUUCUAGGUGGUAGUACAGUGAAGAUAUAUUAUGAAAGCAUUAACACAGAUGAAGACUCCGGAUCAUUUAUCUUUCGUCAAAACAAGAAAAAAAUUGAUGAAAUAUGUGCUUCGCAUGAAAACCUGAAAGUUGGGAAAAGUGAACGGCUGAUAAGUGGGCAAAGCGGUAAAAAAGUUGAUGCGGUCAUGAAUCAUGAAGUUUUUAAAUUUGGUCAGCCCCAUAGGUUCCCAGAAAUGUUGCAUUAUAAAAAUCAUGUGAUAGCUUAUGACACGGCUAGGAAGAUUCCACUAUGGGUUGCAGAGCAUUUAUCCAAGGAGAAAUUAACAGCUGUGGAUAUGCAGGCGGAAAGAUCAAAGUCGAGUUUCCAACCCGACCCCAACAUACCAGAGAAAUUUCAAGCAAAAAAUGAGGAUUAUUAUAAAAGUGGAUGGACGAGAGGUCACAUGGCCCCAGCAGGUAAUUAACCCACUCCACAAUCAUAUAUUAAGAAAUGUAUGGUUCUGUGUAUUGGUUAGGACAGAGUAGUCUUAAACCAUGUGCAUAUAUAGCUUAAUACGCCCUUUUUUAAUUCAUAAAUGUCCACUCUAUAGGUGACAACAAAUUUGAUCAAGAGUCAAUGAACGAGACAUUUUUCUUGUCAAACAUACUGCCACAAAACUUUGAAAACAAUGCUAACUUUUGGUACAGAAUGGAAGUGUUUUGUCGGAAUCUCACGAAACAGUUUUCAGAUGUGUAUGUUAUCUCGGGUCCCCUUUGGUUGCCAUGUCAACAGGAUGGAAAGAAGAUUGUCCAAUAUGAGGUGAAGAAAUGUACUCAGCUGUGUUUAUUUGAAACAUAAUACAAAGAACUUCUCAUUACCCCACUUCCCACUCACUCACCCACUCCUUGCCCCAUCUACCACUCCCUUCCCCACCUCCCACUCCCUCCCCUCCCUUCCCCACCUCCCACUCCCUCCCCUCCCUUCCCCCACCAGUUAAACUAAAGUUAGAUAACUUUUAUCAGGCUGGAAUGGAUUGUUUUAUAAUUUCUAGUUUGCCUAGAGGUCCAGUUAUUUAUUGGUCCAGUGGUACAGCCCAAUAAUUUAUUUUGACUUUUAUUUAUACUGGAUAACUCUAUCUUUUUUUUAUUGCAGGUUAUCGGUGAAAACAAUGUUGCUGUUCCAACUCAUUUAUUCAAAAUUAUACUAGCCACCAAUUCUACAACAAACGCGGCAUGUAUGGCUGCUUUUGAAGUGCCCAAUCAACCAAUCACGUACAAGAAAAGCCUUACAGAUUUCCAAAUACCCUUGCAAAAGUUAGAAAAAGAUUCGGGAUUUAGUUUCUUUGAGAAAACUGAGAAAUUUAAGACUAAAAAUUUAUGCGAGGUUGCUGGAUGUAAAUUAAUGUCGAAAGAUGCCAUGGAAGUAGUUAUGUUACGAAGACAGUUGGGUAAUGCUCAGAAUAUUGAACAGUUAGACCAAGUUUGGAAUAAAAUGGACAAAGAACAUAGUUUGGAUGGUAGUUUUAGUGUUUUGUAUGAAAAAAGAUUGAAGGAACUACAGCAAAAGACGGAACCAGCUUAGGCAAAAAUAUUAAAAAUAUAAAGCAUUGCAUGUCAAACGAGGAUGAGAGUUAAAAAAUGAGAGUUGAGAAGCGAGAGUUUGCACGAGAGUUUCUCAACUUUCAUGUCCUGGAUAUUUAAUACCGCGCGUUUAGCCAAAACUCUCGUCAACUCUCACCAAAAUUUGAACUAUUUUCCAUCCAGCAAACUUCAAAGUUGUUUCUUUUUUUAUUUUUGUUAUUAAUUUGGUUAAGGUUACAGUUAGGGUUGCGGUUAAUACGGGUUAGAGUAGGGGUAGGGUUUGUUACAUAGCCAUAUAACACCUCUUCCAUCUUCCGAAAAGGACGUCAGUUUGCUGGAUGGAUAAUAGUGCUAACAAAGUAGUGCACGAGAGUUUGCGGUCAAACGCAAGAGAGAGUUUCUCAUCAACGUUGAUCCUCAUUUGACCACAACUUAGGGGCGGACCAUUAGAAAAGUGUUGGGGAGGGUGGGGAAAAAAACAGAAAAAAAAUCCAUGCAAACAAAAAGGGUUUGAAAAAAAUACAUGCAUCAGACUCGUUUAAAAUGCGAGAAGACAUAUUUAAAAAAAAAUACAUACAUACACAGCUAACAAACUGGAAAAAAAUGCAAACAUAAAAAAUUUACCCCCAUCACUUUUCUAAUGCUCCGUCCCUUAAGUUACUGAAUAUGAGAUUAUGACGCUAAUGACAAGGCAAUGCAAUGUUUUGAAGUUUACUUCUGAAGAUAUUGAAUCGAAUUAAUAGGGAACACUUAGCAAUUUUGCUAAAUUUCUGACAAGUAAUAUGUCGUAGUAAAAUCAAUAGCGUAUUAAGUUAGACAAAAUAAGUGCUUGUGUAAUCUCGUAAGUUUAUUACAUUUACUUUUUACUAAUUAACUACACAAGUAAAAAAUAUUUUAUAGUAUAAACUGAAAUUGGAUUUAAUAUAAAUAUUUGUUAUCUUUUAAACUAUUUCUCUAAUUUCUACUAACGUUUAUAAAAUUAAACUCGUUACCAGUGUCACAGAGUAAAUACCAUGACAGAGGUGUCACUUACUAAUUUCAGCGUAAAGCCUGCUUUCCACUAGGCGGAAUUUUGCGCGCGGAGCGGAGUUUUUCUUUGUCUUUUCUAAUUAGUUCCACCCGAGAAAUCACAAGACAAAGAAAAAUUCCACUCCGCGCGCAAAAUUCCGCCUAGUGGAAAACCGGCUUUAAGGCCGUUUUACACUAGGUGGAAUUUUGCGCGCGGAGCCGAAUUUUUCCUUGUCUUGUGAUUUCUCGGGUGGAACUAAUUAAAAGAGACAAAAAGCCGUUUUACACUAGGCGGAAUUUCUCUUUGUCUUUUCUAAUUAGUUCCACCCGAUAAAUUACAAGACAAAGAAAAAUUCCGCUCUGCGCGGAAAAUUCCGCCUUGUGGAAAACGGCCUUUAAGCCGGUUUUCCACUAGGCGCAAUUUUGCGCGCGCAGCGGCAAUUUUCUUUCUAAAGGCUGAUUUCCACUGUUGCGUUUUUCAUUCGUACGUAUACGCACGUAAAACUUUAAAUUCGUUUAAAUGUUACUUAUGAAAUAACCCGAUAAAUAAAGCAACAGAAUUUAGUGUUCCGCAAGUUUUAGUAUGCAUUUGUUAACUCAUUUGUAAAAUAUUUAAAAAAUAGAAGGAUUCAAAGUUUUACGUGCGCGUACGUGCAUACGAAAAACGCAACAGUGGAAAUCAGCCUUAUUGAAAUUUAAUGUUCCAGGGGGGUGAACGCCUCUCUAGGGCACUUGCUAAGAACAUGGACGCCAGAUUUCCGCAGUAAAAACUACCUUGCGUUUUUUUCGCGAAGUGAGACCUCUGCAUGGUUGGUACUCUGUGCCCAGUGUUUCGUGGCUAAGACCGUAAUAUAACCGAUAGGGACAAAGCUCGUUUAGAACAUUUCAUUUUAAACCUAAAUGCAAUUUUUUUAGUCCCUAGGUUAGUUUGAUAAGGUAAUUUGGCCUCCAUCUUCUGACUUUACAAGUCAUUAAUGGUAGCACAAUGGAAGAAUUUUAAAUUCUAUAUCAUAUAUGCAUUAUGCACAUAUAUUUACAUCAACGAUAUAAACAGACACAACCCUCGAAAACCAUCAAAAUUGAGGUCGGCAAAAAAAUGUCGACCUAAAUCUGACCUAGGUCGGCACGUCUCGGCAUUUUUUAAAAAUCUGUUUCCACGUCUUGUAGCACUAGUAAUCGCGCAUUUACUAAUCAUUGAAAUUGGAACAUAACUGGAACGUUACCUCCAGCCGGAAAAUUUAUCUCUAGACGCGCGAAAUUUCAUCUUCAUCUUGCCGAAGAAUGCUGACCUCGUUUUCGAGGGCUGUGCAGACAAAAGCUCUAUCCCACUCCAUUUCAGCUUGGGUUUCAGCCAUAUGGUUUCAGCAAGCCAAUUUCAAAACUAUUCACACUUAUAGCGGCAAGCAAACUGAACUACACACGUAAAAAUCUCACAACUUGUCGACAGGAAUGGUUCGUAACGGACUUGUGGCAAACUUGUCAUCAAGUUGUAUAAUAAUGUUAUUUGUUAGUUGUAUAUUAAUGCUGUUAUUUUAUCAAGUUGCUACAAGGUUGUCACUCACAACUUGUUGAAUAGGCAAUUUAGUUUAUGCGUGCAGGGGACGAUGGGAAGUAUGGUAUCACAUUGCUGUUUAUGCUGAAAAAAUAAAAAUGGUGGCCGUGUAAACACGGAGUGAUAGCUUAUACUUGUAAUUAUAUAAAUAUUUCGGUUGUUUCGGUAGUUUUUAUUGAAUUUUUUCAGCAUAAUCAGCAAUAUGAUACCUUACUUCCCAUCAUCCCCUGCAGGCAUAAACUAAAAGCUGGAAUUGCCUAUUGCUGGGGCCGGUUGUUCAAAGGCAGAUUAGCGCUAACCCUGGGUUAAAAUUUAACCUGCUGUUUUAGUUUGUAAAUUUCUGCACAUCUGUUUAUUUCAAAACUUCAGAGAAGUAAACUCCGAUCCAGACAAAAUCUCUGAAGAAAUAUUUCCAAAUUUAAUUAUAUAGACAAGCUGUCAGGAAGUUUGCUUUGAAUUUUAGCUUAACCUGGGGUUAAGCUAACCCACCUUUGAACAACCGGCCACAGGACGAUAACAAGUUGUUGGAACAACUUGUAACAAGUCUGUUGAGCUCAACAACCUUGUAGCAAGUUGUCAACAAGCUGGGAACAGGCAGUACGAACACAUCCUGUUGACAAGUUGUUGGAACAGCAUUGCUAUAAGUCUGCUGCAGGUUUGUUACAACUUGUGCGUUUUUACGUGUGCAGUUGACCACAAUCUCGUACAUGAUAGUGCUUGGUGAAACCUACAAACUAGUUGACGUCUGUCUUCCCAAUUUUGUCCCAAGCAGCUGGCAAUAACUUACCCAGUUAGAAAGGAUAUCUAACCUAUCAUGAUGCAACUGACCUGACGAGCACUAAUGCAAAUGACCUCACGAGUUUCUCGGUCGUUUGCUAUAUAAUGCAAUAUUCUGUAGACUUCGGCGCACCAUUGGACUCGUAUAUCUCCGAUUCGUUAUCGAUUAGCAUGCUAAAAAGAUAAUGGUAUUUUUUAGAAAUUUUGAAAGACUGAAAAGUACUAGACUGCGGUGCCCUGGAGCAUGCGUAAAACAGCACGUUGGCGAUAUACAAGCCCUGAGUGCACCACAAGCACGAAGAUAUACUAAUUUUGAAUAAAUAUCAAGGUUUACACAGAAAUAAAGAUUCAUACAGAAGGGCCACUUACGUCAGAAGCUUUGAAGUUUCUGUCCUCGCGCAUUACGCAUGUUGGUCGCCAUUUUCCUAGGCAGUCAAUGACAUUUUCUGGCCAAUAAACACGCAGUAGUGGCUGGCUGCUCCGCCUUCUGGCCAGUGAACUGUAUAUUUUUGCAUAAAAAAGCCGCCGAGUAGCCCUUCUGUAACUGACCUUUAUUCUGUACUUAUGUAUGCUUAUGAUUCCGAACAGACAACAGAUUAACAGACUCCAAGGCUCUCACUCCAACCUUAUCAUACGGAAGCAAGCGUAUUUCUUUGUUUCAUGAGCACCAGAAUGGAACUAAUGACCAAAAAAAUGCUACGUUCAACACGGUUGAAGUGGAAAACGGCCAUAACAAACUCACGCACCCAACAUAAAGCGAUGGCUAACUUCGUUCGAGCACCGCAGUUCUAAUCAGACAACAGCUAUUUUCGUACCCAGACUUGCGCUCACUCACUCGAUCAUUCUUACCUUCGAGAAUUUUGAGAUGGCUGUAAAUUCAUAGGAUUUAAAACAACCCCACACGACGUAUAAUCUGAUUUCGCAGAAACAUUGUUAUUUAAAGUGAAGCCAUUUUCCCCCUGGUUAUUGCCCGUUAUGUACGAUGGUCUGGAGUUGUUUGCGAAGACGUCCCCCGAAGAUGGUACGUGAAAUAUCGCUCGUUUUCGAUGAUGCCUCCGAACAAGGCAUAGUAGACAGGCUAUGAUAAGUAGAACCAUUACGCUUGAUAGGAUAUAGAUCAAUUUAUCAGUGUCUAGGUACGAAGUUAUAAAAACACAUGUUAACCAUUAUUACCUAGACUUUCUCUAUUUAUACUGGCUGUCAGUACUAAAUUGUUCCCCUUAAAUGGUAAGGACCAACU